GGAUGACAUGGGGGUGAGUAAAUUAUCAGGAAUUUUUUGUUUGAAAGUGAACUAAUCCUUUAACAUUAACCAGCUCCAGAGUUUAAGUAUUUAUGCAAUGAAACACGUUGUCUGCUGGUUUAUUAUUAAUCAUUAUUACCUGUCUCAGCCCGAUGAAAUGUUAUUAAUGUGCCAAUUUACAGGAGAUCUCAGACAUCACCAAAACAAAUGAAGCUUUUGGAGACAAAGAUGCUUUUCGGCAACUCGGUUAAACAUGAUGAGCCAGUAAUUUCUGUCAAGAAUCUGGUGCCCCUUCUACAACAAUUCACCAAUACUAGGAAUAUUCCCUUCAUCCUACAAGGACAAACUCCAGGUGUAGCAGCUGAAAUCUGUGUUCAAAACAUUAAAAAUGGCGAUUGUUAAAGAGGAGAUUGAAAACAUGAGUGAUCCAGAACCAUCCAGAAUAAAACAUGAAGAUACUGAGGAACAAACAGACAUGAUGGAAGUGAAACAAAGACAUAAACUGAAUGACGUGAAGGAGGAACAUUGCGACUGCAAAACUCAAAGAGAAAAUGCCAAAAAGCUGCACACCUGCUCUCAGUGUGGAAAGAGUUUUUCUUGUACAUCAAGUCUCAGUAAUCAUCUGCUCUGUCACUCUGGAGAAAAGACAUUUAACGGUAAUCAGUGUGGUAAAAAGUUAAAUUCAUCAUUACAACGAAAUAAACACCUGGAAGUUAAUUCAGAUGAGAGCCUUCACUUGUGUUCUGUCUGUGGAAAGAGUUUUUCAAGGCUGAGCAGUUGUAAACAGCACCAGAAAAUACACACCGGUGUGAGAGAUUAUGUGUGCUUUGAGUGUGGGAAGAGCUUUACUAGAGCUGAGCAUCUGAAACGGCACCAAAGAAUUCAUACUGGAGAAAAACCUUACCAGUGCUCAUCGUGUGACAAGAGGUUCACUAUGUCUACACACCUGAAAGCACAUCAGCGGGUUCAUACUGGAAAGAAGCCACUCCGCUGCACUCAGUGUGGGAAGAGUUUCAGAAAAGCAACCGUUCUCAAAAUUCAUCUGCGUGUUCACGCUGGAGAAAAGCCAUUUAACUGUGAUCAGUGUGGUAAAGAUUUUAAUUCAUCGUCAAAUCUUAAAGAACAUCUAAAAAUUCAUACAAACGAGAGGCCUUAUGCGUGCUCUUUUUGUGGAAAGAGAUUUUCACGGAUGUCUCAUUAUAAACGGCAUCAGAAGGUACAUAGCGGUGUGAGAGAUCAUGUGUGUUGUGAGUGUGGGAAGAGCUUCGUUACGGACGUCCAUUUGAAACGACACCGAAGAAUUCAUACUGGAGAAAGACCUUUCAAGUGCUCGUACUGUGAAAAGAGUUUCUCUCGGUUGGAGCACCUGAAAUCACACGAGCGAGUUCAUACAGGAGAGAAGCCGUACUACUGUCCUCCAUGUGAGAAGAGCUUUAGACAUUUACCAAGCCUUCUCACGCAUAUGAAAAAAUGUAAGAAGUCGUCACAGUGAACAACGUUCAUUUUCAUGUCAAAUACACUGAUGAGCCAAAACAUUAUGACCAAUCACAGGUGAAGCGAAUGUUGUUGAUUAUCUCCUAACAAGGCCAAAUAUUAUGGUCUGGGUAGAGAAAACCAUCGGUUUUCGUAAUGAAUAGCUGUGUUUCCAUUACCCAUCAAAUUGCAAAAAUUGAAAUUGCAAAUUGAAACUAUGCCCAAUGGAAACACGUUAAUUUCGCAAAAACUCCCAUAUAUUGCAAAAAAGUUUUUACGCUCGAAUGAGGUGGUUUUUCAGGCAAUUGGAAAAGGAAUGUUUCACAGAACUGCAAUGGAAACAGUUUUUCGCAUUUACAGGUCACCUGGCGUACAUAAAAUUUGAUCAUUCUUUAAAGAUGGUGCGGCAUGUUUGGAUGGAAGGCGAGACAGAGUUCUUCAUUAAACUCAUAAAAGACAAAAGAAUUACGGGACUACUGGAUUCUAAACAACAAAGAAAUGCCACAAUUUAUCAAGACCUCGAAGCAGAUUUGAGGGAGAAACACUCAUAAACACCUCACACAUGGCCGCUCCCAAGUAGAAGGGGCUUUUCUUGACAUUAAUGCUUGGAUAACACGCCAACAUCUCCUUUUGAUUAAAAAUAAUGGCUAGUGCAGUGGCUGCGAUAUACUUAAACCUACUAACAUC